AAAAAAGAAGAGAAAAGCAAGACAAAGGAAGACAAGGACUAUGAGAAAAAAGCGACCCAGAAGAUUCUGAUUCCAGGAGGACCAAAGUUUAGUCAGCUUUCAAAAAUCAUGUAUGUCAACUUUCAGGAUUGUGAGUGUAAUGGUCACUCAAACCGAUGCAGCUACAUUGACUUUGUCAACGUGGUCACAUGUGUGAGCUGUAAGCACAACACGCGAGGACAGAACUGUCAGUAUUGUCGCCUUGGUUACUACAGAAACACUGAAUUGCCGCUGGAGGAUGAGAACAUCUGUCUCGCAUGUGAGUGCAGCACAGAAGGCAGCACGUCUCCGUACUGCUCCGAGUCUGGUCUCUGCAGUUGUAGGAGCGGAACCACUGGGAGGAGCUGUGACUCCUGUCUACCUGGCUAUACCUGGAGAGGAGACGGAGCUGGAUGCACAGAGAACAUGUGUGACUCAGAACGGUUGAUUUGUCAGAAUGGUGGGACCUGCAUAGACUUCCAGAGCUGCGUCUGUCCAGAAAAGUUCACAGGUCCGUUCUGUGAGCGUAACGUCUGUCUCAAGAACAAGAAAUGCCAACAAACUGCUGAAGGCUCCUCCUCCUCGCUGACAUCACAGCUAUACCUGCUAAGUCUUGGUCUGAUCACCUGCAUCUUUUGAUGCUCUGCCUUUGACAUUAUGUCACACAAACUGGUCAUUUCACAGGUGAAUAAAAAUGUGGACAGAAUGAACCUGAAAA